UUUCCUUUCUCAUAAGAACCGCGUGUUUCUGUGUUCCGAAUGUUCCAACCGUCACUCCGCGAUCAGCAGCGGACAUGUUGCAACAGCGUUGUGUGAAUCAUGUGGUCUGUGCUAACACUCACACUCUGUGUGUUUAUAUCCCUUUCUUAUAAUACUAAAGAUUCACCAGGAGACGAUCAGGUUAAUGAUCUAGUGAGAAACUUACGGAAGCAGUUGAUGAAAGGGAAUCAAGAUUACACUUUGAAGUAUAAUGAAAUACAAAAUAUUCAAAUGAGAAGCAACACGAAUCAAAACAGAGAUCCAAAUGAAAAUAAAUUAAAUAAGACAUUGAAUUUUACGAAAACUGAAAGGGGAUAUGUUAGAGGCGUUCGUAGUGAAUAUAUAAAAGACAAAAUCAGUGCAGCUCCGAGAAAAUUAAUUGACGAAAGUAUUAAUUCAUAUGAAGGAUCAGAGAAUACAUAUAGUAAACGCCUUGAACACCCUGUACAUGUCAAGGACUUGUUGUAUUACAUGGACGAAGAGAAAAUUCUGAAAGAUAAAUUAGGUCCAGAAACGAGGAAUAUGGCUUUUAGAAGAAGUAUGGUCGGUGAUGACGUGGGUAAAAAUAAAACAGAGAAAAAAUAUAAAGUCUUAAAGGUGAGAAAUCAGUUCCGGAGAAAAGAACCUCGUCGGUUGAUUCAAGAAGAAGGUGGGGAAGGUAUUGUGGUUAUGGCUCUAGACGGUGAGCCCCUGCCAGAGUUCCGACUGCCGAAAUCCAGAAGACAGUACAAGCACGAGCGAGGUGUGGAGGACACUGACGAGGAGGAACUGUCUCCCCCAACAGUUCACAGCGAGGAAGAUGUUUUAACGACCUAAACUAAAUAUAAGGCUUUGCCAUGUGAUAAUAUUAUAUUAAAUGUCGUUUAGAGUUCUCAUGAAAUAAAAUAUAAACAUAACUAUUAAUAAAUUGACUUUAUCAUUAAUGCAUUCAUUAAUCAACAAUUACUACAACUACCAAGAGUGGUUUAAUGAAAAACUAAAGGCAAACAUUCUUUCAAAUUUAGGGCCAACGUUUAUUAUAAUAAAAUGAUUUGGUUUGUUUUAUUUAUUGUCACCAGAUUCUUAAGAAUGUCGAAAAAAAAUUCAAAGUAUUUUACUUAAAAAUGUUCAAGUUUUAUUAAAAAUUGUGUGAUAAAACUGUUAUCAAGUAACAAAUAUUUGAAGGCGUGAAUCAAAAAAACACUGUUAAAAAAUCAUGGUUUAUCGACACUCGAAUAAUGCACCGUACAUAAGAAGGAAAUAUAUGACAGACGAGUAUAGUCAUCGAUUGUAAAAAAGGUUCAUACAUUUCUGCGGCGGAAUUGUUUGAAGCCGACAAAUCUCGCAACAAAUCAACGCACUGAAAUCCAGUUGAUAGUGUCACCGGAUAUUACGAAAGUAUUUCAACUGAACGUAUUUUAUGAACUCAAUAAAAAUAAAUAAAAAUUUUUAGUGCAAAUCGUUUCAUUUGACGCACUUGCUUCUAGAAUACAAAAAAUGAGUUAUGCCUUUGUCUCUUUCGUAAAUCUGUGCUUACUUUGCAACUUUGUUUAUAGUUUGGAGAAUGGAAAUCGAUCGCUUUUAAAUAGUGAUUUAGUAAAAAUAGUCAGAGAAGAUCUUCGACGUAACAAUGAAGAUUAUAAAGAAAUGAAAAAUGCUAAGAAUUUAACAUCAAAUUAUAAAAUAAUUAACGGUACAAAAACUAGAAGAGCUGAUACCGAUACAUCAGACUACAAUUACGAUGACUUACCAAAACUGAGCUCCGAUGUUGUUAAGGUCGUUACUACAGACACGAACACAGUAUUGAAUACUGUCACAGAGAAAGUACCACAGACAUCGAACAAAAUUAUAAAAGCAAAGUUACCAAAAACAGCAUAUAAAGACUUUAUUCAAAACACAGUGACCCUUCCGACAACAAUAAGGUCGUUUACAAAAAUAGCAAAUCAAACAAAAAACACAAAACAUCAUACAAACAAUGAUAUUCCUAAAUUUGUGAAUAAGAACAAAAUACAGAAAUUUAAAAAUUUUAUGGAAAAGAACAAGGGCUUACUGAAAAACUUUCUCAACGACAAAAUGAAGGAGACUCCGCAAAUUACUUCAAAGAAUCCACUGCGGCAGAAUGUCCUCGAUUUAGACCAAUUUGUGAACUCUAUCGAGAGUUCUCCGGAAGUUGGUGGCGUGAUACGAAACGUUGAUAAAUUAUAUAAAAAAGAUGAACUACAGCUACCGAGCCCUGACCUUUUAGACUUGGCGCCGGCUAGGGGGGGGCGCAUACACAACCAGAGGGUCAAGGGUCGUCUUUGUCAGCGUCACGUUCUGGUGCCCGAAGGUCCGAAGUAUGACAGUCAAGGGAAGUGGUACCUGCCCGCCCACAAACUGAUCAUACGACGACCUUAUAAUGUCACUCACCGCCCGAAACUCGUGUUGCCUCGGUGUUGUAACUGUUGCAAGAAGUCUGUUCUCGGCUGCGAGUAGUUCAAUACGUGUAUUAUAUAUACCUAUGUAAAAUAUUAUUUGUUUGUUUUAUAUUAAAAUAUCCUUUUA